UAUUGUUUAAUAAAUAAUAAAUUUAUGUAGACCUUAAUUCGCCGUUGAAAAUCCGACACGGACGAACUUAAGAAGCACGACGCGACUACAAUUGUCUCGCCUGAAUUCAUUUGAACCAAGUUUAGACAUUCUGCUGUCUCACCGUCGAUCCAAACGUCAAAUGUAAUUCUCGUCAAAAUUGCCCGAUUAUGUAGUUACCAAAAGUCGAAGCCGAAACAACGUCGCAAAAUCCAUGUAUCCGCGAAACUGAGCAAACGUAUAAUCCGACAAACACCGCGCUGAACUUGGGGAAAAUUUGUCACAAAAUGUCAUUCAAAAAGAUCAAGGCCCGUCAGAUAUUCGACUGCAGAGGCGAACCGACUCUGGAAGUCGACGUGAUCACCGACGUGGGUUUGCUGCGAUCAUCAGUACCAUCCACCGUAGCAAUCAACCCGAAUCAGGCGAUAGAGAUCAGAGAUGGCAACAUGGCAGCUUAUCACGGUCGCUCAGUGUUCAAAGCAGUCGAUAUCGUUAACAAUAUGAUCGCGCCCCAACUGAUGAAAUCGCAACUGAACGUUUGUCAACAAACAGAGAUAGACGCGCUGCUCAAUAAGCUAGAUGGCACGGAUAACAAGUCAAGACUCGGCGCAAACUCUAUCCUCGGGGUCUCCAUAGCCUGCUGCAAAGCUGGAGCAAUCAAGAAAGGUCUCCCGAUUUACAGAUAUAUCGCUGAAUUGGCUGAGAACGGACAAUUGUACGUGCCUGUGCCAAGUUUCAGCAUAAUCAGCGGCGGCAAAUUCGCCGGCAACAAUUUGACUUGUCAGGAAUUCGCGAUUCUACCUGUAGGUGCCGAGAGCUUCGCCGAUGCCGUGAAAAUGGGCACCGAGGUGUAUCGCGUGGCGGAGAGGAAAAUUGUCGCGGCUCAAGGACUAAAAGGCCCACCGCCCGUCAGUGAAAAAGGAGCCUUCGUACCCGAAAUGGAGAAUGACAAGGAAGCCCUGGCUCUUUUGAAUGAUUCCAUUACAGACGCGGGCUACCAAGGCAAAAUCAAGAUCGCGCUGGACAUGGCAGCGAGUGCUUUUUACAAAGAAGGAGGGUACGAUCUAGAAUACAAGACGGGAGAAACCGAUCCUGAAGAUUAUUUGGAAGCCGAAGCUUUGCGCGAUCGAUACCUGGAGUACCUUUCGGAAUUUCCAGCGAUAGUCUCGCUUGAAGACCCCUUCGAUCAAGAGGAUUGGGAAGGCUGGUUAACUAUCGCCGGCCAGGAUGUCCAAGUGGUCAGCGACGCCCUCACGGCGAUGAACGUCGAGAGAAUUUCGGAGGCAAUAGACAGGAAGGUGGCGAAUUGUCUCGUGCUAAGAAUACCGCAAAUUGGCACCGUAACCGAGCUGAUUAAUUGCGCGAAAAUGGCGAAGAUCAACGAUUGGGGUUACGCCGUGAGCGCGAGUCGCGCCGAAACGGAGGACAACUUCAUCGCCGAUGUGGCGGUCGGGUUGUCCGCCGGCCAAAUCAAAGCAGGUGCACCUUGCAGGGGCGAAAGAAUAGCCAAGUACAAUCAAAUACUGAGGAUCGAGGAGGAACUCGGCAAAGAUGCCAGAUAUGCUGGGCCGAAAUAUCGGAAUCCGCUAGCGAAAUAAAAAAAAUUAAUGUUAUCAGCGUUACCAGCUCGAACACAAUUCCCGGGACCGAUCAUAAAGAAGCUAACG